ACACUUUGCAAGUUACCGAAAACGAAAAACCAUUCCUGGCCGGAGUGCAUCGUGAACCCAAUAAAAUAAAUUCUCCACGAAAUUUUGCAAUCAAUUCAAUAAAUAAACUAUUUAUCAAAACACAAUGGCAGCACGACUAAUCCAGAAAAUUUUAAAAUCCUUAGGACUAAGCCACAUGGGAGGGGGGGACGUGGCCCCCGUGGCCACAAAGGUGAUCACUGCCCCAACAACCGGAAGAGCAUACUCCUCUGGUGCAAAGAAGGUCACUCUUAUUCCUGGUGACGGAAUUGGUCCGGAAAUUUCAGCUGCAGUUCAAAAGAUUUUCGCUGCCGCGAAUGUACCUAUUGAAUGGGAAUCUGUUGAUGUUACUCCAGUCAGAGGACCUGAUGGAAUGUUUGGUAUUCCUCAAGCUGCCAUCGAUUCUGUAAACAAAAAUAAAAUUGGUCUCAAGGGACCAUUGAUGACACCCAUUGGCAAAGGACAUCGUUCGUUGAAUCUUGCUCUGCGAAAGGAAUUUAAUUUGUACGCAAAUGUGCGUCCUUGUCGCAGUUUGGAAGGCUACAAGACCUUAUAUGAUGAUGUGGAUGUUGUAACUAUUCGUGAGAACACCGAGGGUGAAUACUCUGGUAUUGAGCACGAAAUCAUCGAUGGUGUUGUACAAAGUAUUAAGCUUAUCACAGAAGAAGCUUCCAGUCGUGUUGCUGAAUUCGCUUUCCAAUAUGCAAGGGACAACGGCAGGAAGAAGGUUACCGUUGUGCACAAGGCCAAUAUCAUGCGCAUGUCUGAUGGUCUUUUCUUGCGAUGCGUUCGUGACAUGGCUGAAAAGUAUCCCGAAGUUAAGUUCGAAGAACGUUACCUCGAUACUGUGUGCCUUAACAUGGUUCAAGAUCCAAAGAAAUACGAUGUCCUGGUAAUGCCAAAUUUGUAUGGUGACAUCUUGUCUGAUAUGUGCGCUGGCUUAGUUGGUGGACUUGGUUUGACACCAUCAGGAAAUAUUGGAUUGAAUGGUGCCCUCUUUGAAUCGGUUCACGGAACUGCCCCAGACAUUGCUGGCAAGGACUUGGCCAAUCCCACCGCCCUUUUAUUGUCUGCAGUUAUGAUGCUGAGACAUAUGGAACUUAUGGAACCCGCAGCCAAAAUUGAACGUGCCUGCUUUGAUGUUAUCAAAGAAGGAAAAUACUUGACAGGAGAUCUAGGUGGCAAAUCCAAAUGCUCAGAAUUUACCAACGAAAUUUGCGCCAAAAUCUAAACAUCCUAGUACAAAAUUUGUCAGAAAGCUAGUUUCAAUAAUUGUUCUUCGAAUAAGAAAAUAACAAACAGAACCUCCUACUUAAUUAUUGUUGAAAUUCCACGACCUUGAUGGAAUUGGAAUAUUCUAGUUGUCAAUCAUUAUGAUUUUGUUUAAGCUUUUAUUUAAAUUAUUGUAUUAUUUUAUUUAUGAUGCUAUUUGAUUGAUAAUUGAAGUUUUUUUUAUGAUUUCAAUUCAAUUCAAUGAUUUCUUUUAAGAUAUAAAGUAAAACUUUUAUUGAUUUCGUUAUCAAAGAGAUAAUAUGGUGCUGCGACCAAUUCAACAUAUUAACUGUUUAUAUUUUCUCAAUUCUAUAUUUUUUUUUGUUUACCAUUCAAACCAAAAACAUACACAAUGUUAUCGAACAUUAUUCUCAAUACGUUUUGUCGGAGUAACUGUAAGUCACAAUUAAAACAGAUUUGUAAUUUACAUACUGUUGGAGUUUUUUUUUUAAAUUCAUGUCACAGUUAUGUAAGUCAAUUAUUAAGCGAUGCCAUUAAAUGAAAUACAAAUAAGCUAAAAACAUA